AUGGCAAAAUAUCAAAAUGUUGUGUGUCGCGAACCUUCGUCAUAUUAUUACAACGAAGGUUAUAUUAAUACUCCUGUUCUUGAUGUCAAUGAAUUAAAUUAUUCUGAUAGAAAAAUAAACGAUGAAAUAUAUCAACCCAUUAAUCAAUUAAAUUUCAUUCCAACAACUGUACGAACUAUUAAAAAGAGAAAUACUGCAAAUAAAAAAGAGCGAAGACGUACUCAAAGUAUAAAUAAUGCAUUCGCUUGUCUACGCGACAGAAUUCCAAACGUUCCUUCAGACACCAAGUUAUCUAAGAUAAAAACAUUGAAACUGGCCAUACUCUACAUAAACUAUUUGGUGGAUGUUCUUGAUGGUGAUCAGGAUCCAAAGAGUGGAUUUCAGGCUGAGAUAAAGCAACCAAAUCGAAAGGGCUACAAUGAUAGAAAACAAAGAAAUGAGAAUACUUUACAGAAUACUUGCAUAUCAACUAAAGGCCGUACUGGUUGGCCCCAAGAUGUUUGGGCUUCGGAGCUUGUCCCGGAACAAAAUUAA